AUGAUCCAGCCCGCCGCCGUUGCUAGUAGCAGGAGGUUUGUUUACUUCCGGGAUCCGACCCCUGUGAUGGGGGAGGCUGAAGAGCAGGUGCCUGUAUCGGGUGCUAUAUUCACAUUUGGAAAAAGUAAAUUUGCAGAAAAUGUUCCUAGCAAGUUUUGGUUUAAAAGUGACAUGCCUUUACAUAUAUCCUGUGGAGAUGAGCAUACUUCAGUUAUAACAGAAAAUGGUAAACUUUAUAUGUUUGGAAGUAACAACUGGGGACAACUGGGAUUGGGAACAAAGAACACCAUCAACAAGCCAACAUGUGUGAAAGUUUUAAAACCCCAAGAAAAAAAAAAAAAAGUAAAAUUAGCUGCUUACCAUGUGGGAGAAACUACACCUUUGAUUUGUACAGAACAAGGAAAAGUGUAUGCUGCUGGAGGAAACAGUGAGGGGCAGUUGGGAUUAGAUGACACUGAGGAAAGAAGCACAUUUCAUCGUAUUAGUUUUUUUACCAAGCAGCACAAGAUCAAACAGCUGGCAGCUGGAUCCUAUACUUCAGCAGCACUUACUGAGGAUGGGCAGCUUUUUAUGUGGGGAGAUAAUUCUGAAGGACAAAUUGGCUUGGCUGAUGAAGCAAAUGUGUGUUUUCCUCACCAAGUGGAUGUUGGAAAACCUGUUUCCUGGAUUUCUUGUGGAUAUUAUCAUUCUGCCUUGAUAACACGAGAUGGUGAACUGUAUGCUUUCGGGGAGCCUGAAAAUGGAAAGUUAGGCUUGUCACCUGAGCAAUUGAAAAACAACAGGAUUCCUCAAUUUGUUUCUGGAAUUUCUGGAAGGGUUAAUAAGGUCUCCUGUGGAGGAGGACAUACAGUGGCUCUUGCAGAAGGAGAUGUCUACACCUUUGGUCUUGGCCAAUAUGGGCAACUUGGACAUGGUACAUUUAUUUUUGAAACUUCUGAACCAAAGAUUGUAGAUCUAGGGAGGCAUAAAAUCUGUAACAUAGCAAGUGGGGAAAAUCACACAGCUUUGAUAACAGAGAAUGGUCUUAUGUAUACCUUUGGAGAUGGACGGCAUGGCAAGUUAGGACUUGGCGAAGAAAAUUACACGAAUCAAUUUGUACCUACCUUAUGUGCUAAUUUUUUGAGGUUCAGUGUACAUUUGACACCUUACGCCAACGUUAUCUGCGAUAUUAGGCGAAGAGAGAGGGAAAAAUCACCCGAACAAUUUGAUCAAUUGGUACGAACGUUUCCGCCUCUUGGAGAAGGUUCUCCAAAGCCUGCGUCUGGUGUCUUCAGCAACACUGUCCCACUUGGUGUACCCACUGCAAACCUUCCAAGUUCAGGGGCAGAUAAUACAAAUGAAGACAAAGAAUCUGCUGUGGACUACAGAACAGGAGAUGAGAAAGAGGAGAGUGAAGGUGAAGAGGAGGGUACAACAGAUGAUGAUUCAAAUGAGGGCAGAAACCUUGGGGACACAACAGAUAUUUUAAAUAUGACUCACGUGAUGAAACUGGAUCCCAGUGACCGGACAUUACAGUUAACACCAGUUCAAAAACAAAAGAAGAAAAAUAAAAAUGUGAAAUUGAAUAGUUUUGGAAGUGUAGAGUUGAAAAAAUCUGAUCUUACCCAAGUUCAGGAAUGUUUGAAAUCAGGUUAUGCAUCACCUCAGGUGGAAACUGAACAUUCAAGUGUAUUUAGAAAAGAAGAAAAGAGCUGUUAUGAUGCUUUUGUAAGGAGAAUUGGAGCUGGUAAGAAAAAUGCCAAAAGUAAAUCAGAACAGGUUGUUAACGUUAGUGGACUGAAAUCUGACACUCAUCAGACUAUUAAAGAUGAAUUUAAACUAGGAAAAAGGAAAAAAAGGGUUAAGAAUUCUGGUCAAUACCAAGAAGCAAUGCCAGUGACAGGCAUUAUUGACAACUUGGGGCCGUUAUCUGUGGAUUUUCAGAAAAACAAAGCAGAGGCUAGAUUAGUAAAAUGUGACAAAGAUGAAAAUAUAUAUGUACAAAUGAAAGAAAGCAGUGAAGGACAGAAAGGAUUCAAAAACAAGGAAAAAAUUAUGAAACAAGUAGCAGUGACUCUGUCAUCAUCUUCAAGUGAGGAAACAAAUAAUGGCUCGGCAACCUGUGUCCUUCAGAUGAACCAGUAUAGUUAUGAUAAAAUGAGGAAGAGAGAAAUUGAUGUAGAUAGUAGAAAUAUAAAAUGGAAAGAACAACAAUAUGCCUGUAAAGCAAGACUUGAAGACAUUAGUAUGAAAGGGUACAAUGAAAACAAGACAAACAUAUAUGAUGCAUCAGAUAAGGAUGCUCAAGUAGAAGAAGAAUAUAUAGAAAAUGAGGAAGAGACUGAAAAAGCUAAUGAUAAGAAAAUUAACAGUGAAUUAAAUGAGAGUGGUAAAAAAAAUAAAGAAGAUGCCGUAAUAGGCAUUGAUAAAAAUGAUGAAGGUGACAAACAUAAAUUGCAGUAUGACGUUAAGAGUGAGCAUAGACUGAAGAAGCACAUGAAAGAUAACUUUCAAAUAAUAAGGACUGCGAGAAGUGACACAGGAGAUGAGGUACAAGAGGAGGGGACACAGCGUGUAGAUGAGAGACUGAAGGAAGACAAAACUGAAAGCAUAGAAGAGAGUGAAUUUCUGGAAACAAUUAAGGCAGAACAAGAGAAUAGAUGGGUUGAAGAUAAAGACAAUGUGAGCAAGAGUGACAAAGACGAGAAAGAAAAGGGGGACAAGAGUAAUGAGUGGAGGGGUGAGGAAGAUGAAGCAAGGGGAGAUGAAGAAGGAGAAGGAGAUGAUCCAGAUUCAUCGGAUUCAGAAGAGAGUAGUAGUGGUGGUGAAGAUGAAGACUCUGAUGAAAAAGAAACAGACAAGGAAGAGGUGGAAGAAGAUGCAGCAGAAUUUUAUGAUCAAGCAUCCAGAAGUGAGGGACAGAGCAGAAAAUCACCUGACAGCACAGAAAGGAAUCAAGCGACUGUGGAAACCAUAAAGAAAGAAAUGGCCACUCCAGAAGGAGAAAUAACUCAGCAAGAGGGUGAGAAUGCAGAGGUUUGUGCCAUGAACAGUUCUUCAGGAGCAGUUACAGACAAUAAAGCUGACAGCACAUAUGAAAGACUACUGGGGAAGAGGAAAACGUUUUCUCUCUUUAAACUAAAGUCUUUGAGGCAGAAGAAUGCACACAGCUGUAAUGAAAGCAGCAUUGAAAAGCUACCUCAGAGUGAAGAGGAAACUGGAAAUCAAGCAGGCCUACCUCACAAAGAUAGUCAAGAUGAAAACCAAAACCAUACUGAGCAAAAUCAGAAGGAAAUGUCAUCCACAAAUCAGGGUAGAAAGACAUCCUCCACGUGUGUAAUACUCUAGUACUGAAGUGUAUGAAGUUUGCGUAUGUGUGAUGACAGAAGUGACUCGUUUUGCAAGGAAAGACUGCAAUUUAUACUUGAAAACAAUAAUGUAUGUGCAUAAUGAUUAUAGUCCCCCCUCUAAAAUUAGCAUGUUUGUAUUAAUAUACUUUGGCGGAUUCCGCAUGGGCCAAAAACAGCAGUGUGAAAACGGUGUAAAAUGGUUUGAAACACUGUAAAAGGGUUGACACCAUUUUCACACUGUUUUCGCACUGCUGUUUUUGGCCCAUGCGGAAUCCACCUCUGAUUGUGGACCAACUCUCUAGUAUUUAUUUGUCUUCAAAGUUUAGAUAUUGCAACAAUAUGCUUAUCACAGUCUUACUGAAAUGUUGUGGCCUUAAUUCUCAGUGUUUUAAUAAAAAUAUAUUUUUAUAUGUCAAAA